CUCAUUCGUUCAGCGGAAAAAAUAAACUCCUCUGGCUUCAGACAAGGGAACAGGCCUGUUUACCUCUUUUAACCCUAGGCAAUAUUUUCUUUCAUCAUGCUUCGAACAUCGUGUUCUUCUUUGACGAACGAAAGAGAGCAUGGUCACUACUCUUCUUCUUGAGCAGACAAUUUCAUCACUGCAGGAUCUACAUCUUCACUACGGUCUACGGAUUUAUCUAGAUAACUUCUGGAAUUGUUUAUUUUUUAAAUUUCAUGUUUUUAUAUGAAUAUACAAUUGCCUUAUUAUAUGCUCUGCUCCGAUUUUGAACCAGGAGCAAACUAUCAAAGUAAUCCACUUGCUGACUUGUUUGGCUGAAUUUAAUUGGAACACAAACCAUAGAAUAAGUAGAUCUUCAUUUUUACACAUUCCAGAUAAUGGUUUCAAUUUUCUGGAUUUUUGUUUUGUGUAAACAUUGUUUUUUGCUGGGUUUUCUAAGAUGCCUCGACGGUGGCAAUUCAGGGCGUUGUUCUUGCUGCUUUAGAUUGAAAGUCAUACGGUAAAACUCCUCGGUUGUGAAGUGAUUUUUAUUUCACAAUUUUGUUUAAAAAAUAGAUCUUUGAUUUUAUGACUUAUUUAAUUAUUUUCUGGUAUAUAAAUUUUCUGGUAAAAAAACUUUUUUAUUUAAGUAAUUCAUAGUAUUAUUAUUUUCUGGUAUAUAAAUUUUAUCUUUCAGAACGAGAAAAGUAAACAGACAAUAUACAUUCAGCAAUUGUUACCAACAGGAGGGUUGUUUGGUCAUUUUACAGAAAUAUACUUCUUGAAAGUGAUGCAUCACCUGUUUUGGCAGCUUUGAUUGAAAUUUAGGAAUGUCCCGAACUUUGGUUUGAUUAGCUUAAUUAUUCAGUCAAUAUUUAUAUCCUUCUAGUAAUAAUCUACGAACUAUGGUGUACAUGAAAGCUAAAGGAAGUAUGAAGCACCUUCAAUUUCUUUCUGAUGAAGUAUGUGAAGGGGUUAGAAGUUAAGAAGCGUUUUACAUGAUGGUUUCUUUCUGAUGAAACCAUCAUGAAUUGAUGCAAGUCAAAUCCAUUUACAUAAAGAGCUUGAUUUCUUAAAUCAUAUAACCUUUUAUAUAAUAUGUAAUACAUAGUACUGAUAACGUUUAAUUCCUCAUACGAAUAUUUAUUUUGUGAACUCUUGUUUGAUAACCAGUUCAGCCUCUUGCCGAACUUCCUAGUAAAAAAUGCAAGAGAUGUGGAUUUUAUGAAGAGGACACAAUGAAGCCACAUGAUGUAUUUGAUGAGUGGGAGUUUUGUGCUUCUGAUUUUUCGAGUACUGAUGGAAAAUACAUCCAUUUCAAGGAGAAGGAGCUCAACGCAACAUUCUUGUGCCCCGAGUGCAUCCCUCCUGUAGUUGCAGCUCCAUAUCACCCAAGUCCUUCAAAUGAGAAGGAAAUGCACUGGGCUUUAGUUGUGGUUAUAGCUGCUUUGGUCUCGGUGGUUUUUGUUCUGAGUGCGGUAACUUUGUAUAAGUUUUGGCAAAGAAGGAAGAGACAGCAAGAGCAAGCACGCUUCUUGAGACUCUUUGAAGGGGAUGAUGACAUAGAGGAUGAAUUGGGGAUUAGCCCUCUCAGCCAUGUCACUUAGAACUUUGUAGCAUGUUUUGUUGAUAUGAAUAUAAUUUCCCAGGCCAUGUAAUGAUUAAUUGAUCUAUCUUAAUCUAAAAGGAAAAGAUUUUCAUGAA